UACGCGGCGGUGAUUGGCUAAUCAACAUUCACAGGCUGGAGGUUUAAAUUCGAUUGAUUGUAAAUAUCUCCGAAGUAUGCCAGGAAGUCCGUAUAUUUCCAGCUGAAUUUCUCAGCGUUUGCUGAACAAAGAGUGAAACCAAGAUUCUUUGUGGCCCAAGCCAACAUCUCAACUAGAGACUUACGAGAAGAUGGCUACUUCAAAUCAUAUGGAAACUAUUGAGCUCUCGGAAGCCAUCAAGACCAUCCUGGAUGAGAGCAAUUCACCAGAACGCAAGAACAAUUCUGUCUUCAGUAUCACUACACCCCGGAGCAGAAAGGCAAAGAGCCCCAAGUGUUUGACAGCGAGGUUCUCUGUUGGUCAGAACACAACACCAAACAGCAGAUCUGCUUCAAAGAAAGGCUCUGAUACUCCACUUUCAAGGAAAAGUUCCAUCCUUCAGCGCAGCAUUGGAGGCGACUCUGGUGGUGGGUCAUCACAGAGGAAGCGUCGACAUGCCCAAGAAGUCAUCAUCCUGCGGCCGCCCAAGAAGCGGAUGGGCGGAUCGACUCCGAGAGUAACAAGCACGUCAAAGCCCACCCCAAGCAGUCAGUCAACGCCAAAGCCAACCUCUAUAACGCCAUCCCUCAAGAACUCUUUUCAGUCGACCCCAGUUUCGAGCCAGAGCAGGUCCCGGAUCAAUCCACAUCACAUCAGCAAUGUUAAUGUGAAGACUGAGGAGAAACAAUUGAAGGAUGCCCUGUUUGUGACCCCUGACCUUUCCAUGACCCCAAAGCAGGUCAGUCUCCUGGGAGGAGAGAACCUAUCACCCAAGGAGAGAGAGAACCUGCUUCUCCAGUCCAGGUACCUGCGCAUGAUGGAGCAGCAGGGGUUAGGUCUUGGAGGAUUCGAAGCUGGAGGAGCGUUGCGGGAAGACUCGGGAAUCGCUGAGCAGAUCACACCUGGAGGACUAAGUCUAAACAUUGCUGAUCAGACCAGCAGAAUAAGUCUUGUUGCAAGAGGAAACCAAGAUGACAGUCUGACCAACAUCACAUGGUUGAGAAGAAUGUCAGCACCUGAUCUUGAUCCUAUUACCCUUCCACACAUCAAGUCACAGGAUCCUCAUAAAGAGAGGCCACCCUACUCGUACAGUUCCCUCAUCCAGUUUGCCAUCAGCAGUGCACCAGAAGGCAAGCUGACGCUCAGAGAUGUCUACUUCUGGAUUGAGACACACUUUCCAUACUUCAGGACAGCCAAACUUGGCUGGAAGAAUUCUAUACGUCACAACCUCUCGUUGCACAAGAUCUUUGUCCGCGAAGCACCGUCCGGUCCCGGUCAACCUGCCUUCUGGACGUUACGACCGGGCACUGUGGUCAGGCUGCCCGAAAGGAAGGUCAUAGUUCAUGAAGAGAUGGCUAUGCCGGCUGGCAUUCCUGAAUGCUUUGCUCCUGAAGGUUCCUUUGACAUGGCUGCAAUGGCAAAUCUUCAAAUGCAAGCUCUGGUCGGCGAUCCUAGCAGAAUGCCCAUGUUAUCAGCCCAAGAUGGGACCAUGAUAAACAGAGCACCGGUCCUCACCUCAACACCUAUGGUUUCAAGGCCAAUCAUAAAAGGUUCGAAGCGUGUACCUCCUAUACUUCCGAAAGGAACCCCACCCUAUGCCCUGGUGCCCCUGCCUAUCUACUUCACCACUGACCCUAAGACGGGCCAACUCGUUCCUGCGAACAGGGACAACGCCCCUCCAGGUUCUGACAUGACCUCAUUGAUUCUCCCCCGCCCUACUGAAGACAAUACACCCAAGAGCACUGGUCCUAAAGUAGAGCUGAACUCCUCUGACAGCACCCCCCUUACGAGAAUGGAACAGGCCGGUGGUGCAUUUGGAAGAUUUACACUGGACUCUGGGUAUGGAAGCACCGAUUCCAGUGUGGGGGAUGAUGGCAGGGCUUCUCUUGUGAGGGACUCCAAGCUGUUGAAAAAUAUGGCUCAGGCAAAAUGCAACAGUGAAAAGGAGAAUUCGUUAUCUUCAGAAUUUGGGUUGGGGUUGGAUGUUGAUGAUGACCUCUUGAAGACCCCUCCGAAGAGCGCCUGCCCUGAUUGGCUGUCACCCAUCCGAGGGUUCUCCCCCGUCCCCGACUCAGGUUUCUCCAUAAAGGACAUGGACUUUAACUUCACCCCCUUCAAGACAGGCUUCACCCCUAAUAACCGAGUGGGACAUUCCAACACUCCCAGGCACCACAUGUUAUCCCCUGUGAACAGGAACAUUCCAAGCACGUCAGGAGGGAUGCGCAGCUCCCGCAAAUCGCGGAUGAUGACACCCAAGAGAUAUGUCGAGGGCAAGGAUUCCGGGAAGGAUUCUAUGCUGAACUCAAGCUUUGAGAAGAUGUUUGGUGAUGUGAACUUUGAUGUAGAUCCUGACAACAUCGAUGUUGGAAACAUGAGCUGGUUACUCAACUCUCCACCCCCUGUGAAAUAGAUUGAAUAGAUUCACAAUUUCAUACCAAAAAUUGUAAACGCCAUUGAUCUUGUACAAUACAUGCCUGUCAUAAGGACUCUUGACAUGAAAUCAUUUACCGGAAGUCUUGUACAUCACCCAGGUGGGGAUUUGUGGGUGAUCAGACAUGUGCUCUGAAGCAAAGGAAGGUCCUGAAGGCUUGUUCAGAUAUGACACGGACUGUAAAUUGCCACAAAAACAACUUUCAGUGUAAAUAAAUGACAACUGUGCACAAAAAGGUCCCUGUGCGUUUACCGCUUCAUAUCUGAAAGGGGCUCAAUGGUAAAAACAUUUACCUCAACAUUUUUUGCCUUGGAUAAUUUGUUUGUUAUAUGUGUCAUGAAGGCCUACAAAUAUGACGUUGUAUGUGUGUAUGCCUCUUCCUUUAUGAUACAUGUAUUUAGAUAUUCAAACCAGAGUUUUAUUUCUACUCAUAUUUUCUGCUUCGUUUAUCUUUCUGUCUCAUUUUUAAUCAUUCUUUUCAGUGACAUCUAGAAAGGUCAUAAUGUCAGGGAGUGCCAUAUCAUCAAAAAUGCAUGAUAACCUUAAGCUACCACUCACAUUUUAUGAAAGAUCUUAUUUUUAUCUUCAACUUGCCAACUGUAUUUUUCCUCUUCUAUUUUUAUUUCAUCAACGUGAUUUUGCUCCUUAUGUACAUGUACAUGUAGAUCACUUUAUUUGCUAGUGUGAAAAUGUACAAUUUUGCACAUAUCAACGAUUUGAGCAUGAUUAUUUAAGUACAUGUAGAUGGAAACUAAACAGUGAUUUCAUCUGUUGUGUGCUCGAGCUCUGUUUAUUUCAUUGUAUAUUUGUUGUGUCUUGGUUUAUGUACAGAUAGCUGUUUAUUAGAAAAAUAUGGGAAGCUUAGUUUUUUAUUAUUUAUCUAAAAAUAUGAGAAGAUUAUAAUUUAGUAUAGAAAAUAUGCGGUUUGAUUUACGGUUAAUUUCGAGUCUUAUUUGGAUAUCAAACUAAUUGUUUGAAAUGAGGGAUUAGACACAUUAGGAUGAAAUUGAAGGGAGGGAAAAUAAAUGGAUUUGCACUACACCUCUACUAUUGCCAUGGGAAAAUGAAGG